AUUACACAGCGCUUAACAUAAACCAGAGCUGCCGUCUCGCGCGUCGCCAUGUACACAACUCCUUCGCCACCCUAGGGUUUUUGUGCAAAGUUACAAAAUCGUGCAGCUUGCAGCGAUUUGCAACAGUAACAAAUUGGAAAUGGUCUACGUGGUGCCUGUCGGCCUUUGUCAGCAGGCCAGCCGGUACGUCAGCUCAGCCAGGCCGGGGCGCUCGGCCGCCUGUCUGGAUGCAGACGCGAGAAGAUCCCCAAGACAAGGCGCCUACACCUUGCUACAUCAUGCCUCCCGCCGGUGGUGCAUGUGGAGGCGGCAUCUGGGUCGGCCCUGUCAGGCAGCAGCGCGAGUGGAACCUGCAACUCUUGCUCCAUGGCAGUCUGGCCCAUGUCAGUCUGGCCCAUGGGUCCCAGGCCGCGCGACGGCGCGGCGCCGCGCUAGACUCAACGCGUCGCCUGCCUCGAAUGGACAGCCUCUAUGACCUCUUCACGCCGGAACUAGCAGGGCAGCCACAAGCGACACAUAUCCAGCAGACGGCGACCUUGACCUCUUUCUCCGCGCCGCUGCAACAGCGGCGCACGAGCUCGCCACCGCCUGAGGCCGCCGGCGCGCAGCAGCAACAGCCGCAACAGCAGCAGCAGCCCGCCACCGCCGCGGCCAGCAGCUUGGGCACCACAGGAGCCAGCAGUAACAGUAGCAGCAGCAGCCUCCUGAGCAGGCAGCUGAGCAGCCGCGGCGGCAGCGGCAGCGGGGUGGGCGGCGCCGCGCUCCAUGCCGCGCUGUAUGGCGCCCGCGGCGGCGGCGGCGCUGCUGCUGCCGGUGGCUCGGCAGCGCCUGGCGCGGGCACUGGCACAGCGGUGUUUCGUUCCUUUGUGGCGCCGCCCCGCGACAAGGGACUCCUGGCGGCCGCGGUCACAGACGCCUUCAUGUCUCCCAACGACACAGCCACCGACCCACUUGGCGUGGCCACCUCCGUGGACCCCAUGCUCCUGGCCAGCGCCGCCGCCGCUGAUGACGUUGCCAACAGCGGCGGCAUGCUGGCGGCAGAGGCUUUCUCCGACUUUGCACACAACCACAGCCACAGCCACGGUCACAGUCACGUGGCGGUAGCUGGAGGCACCGCCGGCGGCGCUGCCGGCGGCGGCGGCAUGCACACCCUGAACAUGGGCGUCGUGAACUUGGCGGCGGCCGCCGCCGCCGCGGCGGCGGGCGGCAGUGGCGUGGUAAACCCGGCGUUGCUGGCGGCGCAGGCAGCCGCCUCCGCGGCGGCGGCGGGGCCGUCCUCCAAGGCUGCGCUGUACGGCAACUUCAACAGCCAGGGCUCCACCGCCCGGCGCUACGCCGCCGCUCAGCUGCACCAGCUGAGCGCCGUGCGGCAGCUGCAGGCCCGCCAGCAGCAGCAGCAACAGCAGCAGGCGCAGGCGCAGCAGCAACAGGCGCAGCAGCUGCAGGCGCAGGCGCAGGCGCAACAGGCGGCGCAGCAGCAACAGCAGCAGGCGCAGGCGCAGGCAAACGUGCUGGAGGCCUCGCCUGAGGUUGCUCAGCAGGUCGCAGCCCGCAACGCAGCCGCCGCCGCCGCCGCCGCCGCCGCGGCGGCCAGCUCUGGCGCCGCAUCGGGCUACGCGCCGCCGCCUCAACAGCAGCCUCAACACCAUCACCUGCGCGCGGCAGCUGAGAAACGCCUGCAGGCAGCCACCGCUGCUGCCAACGCUGGCCCCUCCGCUUCCUCCGCCCUGUACAAGCGCUCCGCGGCCGCAGCUGCUGCUGGCGCCAUUGAACCCGGCAGUGCCGCCGCCGCAGCUGCUCGGGCGGCGGCGGCGGCGGCGGCAGGCGCGGUGGGCCCGAUUGCCGCCGCGGCCGGGGCUACAGCGGCGGCGGCGGCGCCCGCGGCUCUGUACAAGCGGCUGUCGCUGAGUCCUGCUGCCGUCGCUGCUGGCAGUGCGCGUCAGAUCGCGGGGGCGGCGAUCCAGGCCGUGGCGAUGCAACACCAGCACGCAUCUAGCAGCAGGGCAGCAUCAGCAGCCGCAGCAGCUGCGGCGGUGGCAAAUGGUCAGGACGCAUGCUCUUCGGCCUGUAUGGCUGUGAGCCCCGCGCCCGCCGCCGCCGCCGCCGCCGCCACCGCGCCGCCGCUGCCGUACCGCGUGCCGGCGGCGGCGUACGUGACCACGGCGGCGCCUGCUACUGCCGCUACUGCCGCUGUUGCUACUGCUGCUGCUACUGCCGGCGACGACGCCUCCCAGGGCUCGGAGGCGCAGACGUUCCUGGACUGUCAGGAGCAGCUCUGCGACGAUGAGGACGGGUAUGAUGAGGAGGAACACCGAGGCAUGAUGGGAGCUGAUGUCGACAUCAUGGAUAUGGAUAUGGAUGAGGAGGUGGAGCAGCAGUACCAGCAGAAGCACCAGGCGCACGCACACGCCCCGCCGCACCCGCACAGCGGCGGCAGCGACGCGUCCGACUGCGCCGCGCCGCAGGCAGGCGGCAGCAGCGGCGGCAGCUGCGCCUACGGCGGCAGCAGCAUCAGCGGCGGCGCCCGCUCCUCCUGCCGUACCGCUGGCAUGUACUCCUCCCAGCAGCAGAUGAGCAGCGACAGCGGCGGCAGCUGUGACACCGCCGUGGGCGUCGCCGUGUGCGGCAGCGCCGGAGGGGCCACCGGUAACGUCGUGGUCACAAGCGCCACCCCUCUCGCCGCCGCGGCCAGGCCUCACUCAGGCGCCGCCAAGGCGAAGGCGCACGCGCAUGCGCAUGUGCAUGCGCAUGCGCUGGCGGCGCCGGCCCGCUACCCGGCCCCCACGGGCUGUGGGCUGGGGCCCCGUCACUACGGCCCCGUGUACUGCCCCACGGUGUACAGCGACUGCCAGUCGCCUGCCGCCAUGGCGUUCGCCAACGCCGUCAUGGCGCGCAUUGAGCUGCCGGGCGGCGUGUGCUUCAUGCCCGUGUCCACGCAGUCCAUGCUCUACUCCACGGGGGUGCGCUGGGGCUUCUCCGCCUUUGCGCUGUCCCUGGGCUCCUCCUACUUCCAGCGGCUGCUGCAGGCCACCGCCAUGCUGCGCGCGGCCGUGUGCUCCGCGCCGCCCUUCGCGCCCUACGCCGCCUACCUGCAGCCCGACAGCCGCAACGCGGCGCAGGCGGCGGCGGCGGCACAGGCGGCGUCCGGUCACGUGGACGAGUACCUGCACAAGGAGGGCCUGCACUCCAUCCUGUUCACGUGCGCCUACCUGGCCACCAAGGUGGUGGACCGCAUGCCGCACCAGGACAUGCUGCGCCGCAUGCUCACCGUGCUGUACGGCACCGAGGUCAGCCGCGAGGACGCGCAGGCGGUGGAGCUCAAGUGCCUGGAGGGUCUGGGCUACCGGCUGGGGCCCUACUUCGCGCACAACGCCCUCACCGAGGCGCCGCCCUGCUGCGACAUCUACUAGGCCGACAGCCAGGAGGCCAGGCGGCUAAGUGGCCAGGCGGCUAAGUGGCUGGCAUGGCGGCACUGGUGCUGGUGCUGGUGUUGCCACGACGGGGCAAGUUGCCGCAUCGACAAGGUUGCUGCAUGGAAGCAAUGCGCCAUGCUGCGGUUGAUACGCCCCAGCGGCUGCGCGGUGGGUUUGGAUUGCGAGGGUUGCUGGUGGGGGGAGGGUAGAUGUAAGGAGUCAAGGACGGCGGCGUGGCGGGCGGCACAUCACACGGCGGGGGCAAAUCAUGGGGGUGCGGAUUGGACGGGGCGGUACACCUUGACACUGCGGUGGGCUUGCAUCCCGAUGAGUGGGUGGCGUAUGGGAGGCUGCUGCUGGGCUUGUUGGGGAAGAAAAGAAUGUGCGGAUUUCAUGCGCCUGCACGGUCAUGCGCCUGCACGGUCCUGCUUGCCAGAGAAGGCGCUUGCUGCGCGUGCUGGUCCACCGGUGCGCGCUCAGUGCGAGCGCCACAGGUGUGCGGGCACGCUGAGUUUUGAGGGAUGGCAUCACUCAUUUUGAAUGGGCGUACUGGGCUCGUCUGGUUGCUUGUGAGACGGGUUUAGACAGCGAUUCGGGGCCCUGAACCAAAAGGAGGCUCAGCGACAAGUAGAAAGGAAAGUCGGUCGUGGUGGAGAAUAGGUCGGGGCACGAACACACAGCCACAUGCCACCCGCAUAUGUGCCGUAUUUUAAACGGAGGGAUGGAGGGCGGGGGCGGAUGGAUGAGGGGCGGGCGCACACGCCACACGCCGAGUUAAAACAUAACGCGCCAAACGCAAGGUAUGGCUGGAUGCCGACAACUGCUAAAUAUGUAUGCGUACGUACGGUACGAGAACGAUGCCGGGGGGCUGAUGAGCGUCGUGCGUGUGCUCAUGAAUAUGACAUCACGAUGUAUGGAGUUACGCAAUGUCUUACGCUCUUAGUUGUCGAUUGGGCGGGGAUCCUGUGGUUUGACGAAAGGCAACUGAGGCCCGCCGGCACGGAGCCUGCAUGUUUGCAAUCAAAAGGUGUGGGCCGUUCUUUACAAUGGCGUGGAUGUUGCUGAGGAACACACAGUCAUGGUACUGCCAAUGGUUUGGGAGUCACUGGGAAAGACACACCGUUGUAUGAUAAGGUAGGCGGCAGCUGUACAUUCAAGUGCGCGGUUUGGCGGGUACGGCAAGGAGUUUGAUGCAUUUGCAUUCCCUACACGGACGGGUGGAUGGGUGGAUGGAUGCAUGUGAGAAGGAGCAUACAUUGAGAUGCGGGUAGAUAGUGCUCGCAAGCACACGCUCCACGAAUGCAGCACGAAUGCGGACACGAUACACAUGCUUACUUACUUUCCAAGGUGGCGGUAAUUACCACAGGAAGAGAAGAGAAUAAAUACGAAGAGGGGCCGCGAGGGAAGAGGGUUGCUGACAGCUGUGGAAGGCCCCAAACACACCCGGAGGCGUAAUCAGUUUUGGCACUGCAAGGAAGCAGGCGCACGCAUGCACGCAUGCGUCCCGCCCUGCAUGCUGCCGCAAUGCAGCAAGCAUUGUUAGGAUAGUAACUCUGCUGAUGAUUGGCAGAUACGGCACUGGGUGUUUGUUGCUGAUGAGUGACAGAUACGGUUCUGGGUGUUUGCUGCGGAUGACUGGCAGAUACGGUACUGGGUGUUUGUGUAUGCGCGUGUGUGCGUGGUAGAGAGCACAAUUAGAGCUCUUUGUGAGUGUACGGGUCUAGCUGUGUGCAUGUCGAACACGGAUUCGGAUGUCAAUCGCGCAGCAGCGCAGGGGUAGGUCGGAAAAGCUGUAGAAGCCUAUGCGAGCUGGGCUGACGUUGAGGUAGUGCAUAGUGAUGCACAGAGACGGCACCAUGUGAAGCACGGCCCGCCACCCUUCCCACUUCCAGAACAAUAAUGCAGGGCGUUGAGAUUGAUGCGCCCGUGGAAUGGUGGCGGGUGGCUGGAGCGUUGGCGCUGUCGGGCUGUGCAUCGGGCUUAUUACGAGGAGCUAGCUGCUGCCACGCGCAGCGGCCAGGCAAUCAGGCAGGCAAGGAAGUGGCAGUAGUGCAUGGCGGGUGCGAGGAUGAUUAAUAGAAGCAAGGCUGACGCGGUGGCAGAUGCGUCAGUGGUGCCACAGAUUGUGCGCCGCCUCGACCGCAUUGCAGGGCCGCUAUGCCACUACGCUUCGGAUGCGUAAGGGAUUGAUUGCAUCAGUUCGCAAAUGCGUGCCGCUCGCUGUGCGGGCAGGGCCGCUCUGCUACUGCGCUUCGGAUGCGUAAGGGAUUGAUUGCAUCAGCAGUUCGCAACUGCGUGCCGCUCGCUGUACGGGCAGGCCGCAUGCAUGACAGUUUGAAGGAUGCAUACAUGGAGAUGGCGCAGUCUCGGCAAGAGCAGGGGGCGAACUACGUAGUUGGUUGGUCAAGAGGUGGAAGACCCGGAAGCUCAUUGCAAGGGAAAGUCAGAGGGUGGGCGGACACCCGGAUAGAGGGUGCGUUAGUUGUAGUGGAGGGGCGCCGGGUGGGAAGGGUAUGUAGAUCGAUUAUAGCGGGGGCGGAAAGGGUUUGCUGUCAGUUUGUACACGAUGGCGGUACAGGCAUGAGGAGACGUGCGUAGUGUUCAUCAGGCCGUGUCGGCGGGGAGGUGCGGUUUGAAAGUUGGUUGCGUGUGUGUGUGUGUCUGUGUGUUUGUGUUUGCGUGUAGUGUGGCGGCGCGCGGGCGGGUGGUCCGGGCUGGCUGGGCGCACCGAGCGCGUGAGGCAGGACGGCGCUGUUGACAAGCGCCGCGCUGGUUCAAGUGCAGCCACCGCACACCCAGGACUUGCUCGCUCAUCCCCGCCGGUGCUUCCCGGGCCUGUGACGGGGCGCUGCUGGUCAGGCUGCUGUAACACGCUACGCAC